AUGUCGGUGCAGGCGUGGGACAAGGAGUAUGAAGACAGGGGGAGCACGGAGCCCGCCUACUCCAUCGCCAGCUCCUACAACUUUGACGUGGACGCGGACCUGAAGGCCUCGGCCCGGGCGAAGGAGUUGGACUUGGGGCGCCAGGAGGGCAGCGAAUACUCGGACGUGGCCCCGAACUGCUUCCGCUCCGACGUGCCCCACGUCGUGCCUUGGAAGCUGAUUGUCUCCCUGGCCUUCCCGCCACAGCUGAGUCAUCGAGUAAAAUACACGAAGCUGAUUGAAAAAUACAGGAAACAUCCCCGGCUGGAAACCUCUGCCGUGAGGGCUCAUCGCUUCUGCCACAUCGAGUACUACCUGCUGCCCGAUGACACUGAACCCAGGAAAGUCGACGUGGUGAUUUUUCCGGCCAUGGCCAAAGUAUUCCUGGAGUCAGGAGUGAAGAUUGUGAAGCUGUGGGAAGAAGGAGACAGAGUCUGGGUGUCGUGGACUCAGACGUUUAACAUCAACGUCACCAAGGAAUUGCUGAAGAAAAUAUGUGCCCACAAAAUAACCCUGAAGCUGUGGAACACCAAGGACAGGGUCCCCAGGAAGAUCAGGUACGGGCUGAAGACUGCCGGCUCUCUGGACGACGUGGCGUCUGUCGGUACGUUGGACGUUCUGGCUUUGUUGACGACGUUUCUGGAAACUUGGCGGGAGCCAGGGAGCUUCCUGAGCCGCAGUCUGAAAUACCCCAGGACCUCAAGCCUGUCUGGGCGUAGACAUGGUGCCCAGGUGCAGAACGCCACACUUGACCAGGAAGUGCGACGUUUGGUUUUAAGUCAGAGGAGCCUGUCUGAGCUGGACUUGGAGAAAGCCAACGCAGUCAAAGUGGAGUGGGACCAGGAGGAGCCGGCGGAGAAGCCUGACAAGGCGGAGAAGCAGGACAAGGCGGAGAAGCAGGACAAGGCGGAGAAGCCCGACAAGGCGGAGAAGCACUCCAAGCACCCGCACUCACACCGACACAGUGAGUGGACACAGCCUUUCCUGUGCCACGCUGCCCUGUGA